AUGCCGCACCAUCGGUGUACUUCGGCGAUAGAGGCAAAGACGUCAGUAACCACAUCGACGUCGAACUCACAAGCAGGCGGCGGAGAGAGGGGAACGGGCCAAUGCAUGCGGGUCAUACUGUGGUGUGUUGCGAUGCUUUGUAUGCAGAUCCCAGUGCGAGGAGCUGAAGGGGAAGCCGCUGCCGCCAUCGCUGGCCAACGUCCCCUAUGUGGACCCAGAGACUGCCGAAGGUGACGCCAGACAGUGCACAUGUGUGGAUCGCGGCAUUCAUCGCACUCGUUCCCCUCCCUCUCUCGUGGAUCUCUCUGUUGGAUGUGUGCAGCCAAGCGUCAAGCCCGCCAAGCCGAGGCCGACCGCCAGCUGGAGGAAAUGCUGCGGCAGCUCGAGGAGGAUGGCGACGAGUCGGAGUUGGAGGACGACUUCGCGCCUACCACCGACUACCGCCCCGCCGCCAUCCUCCGCUACGAGGCCGAGGAAGCCGCUCGCCGGCAGCAAGUGGAGGAGGAGGAUCCCGAUCGGUGCCUACACUUUAUAUUCGUCAGACCCAUUUACUAG